CUCCAACCCCUUUAAUGUUCGUAAAAUUUGAGAAAGCAGGGUCAAGUCAAAACCAUUACUCUAAAACUUCCAGGUUCAAGCAACAAUCACUCUCAAACAUCCAGGUUCCUCAAACACUCACUCUAAAACUAGCAAACAUGCUCCCCAUCAUCAGUCUCCUAGGCAUUUCCCACAGCGGCAAGGCCGCACUCGGGCGCCAACUCUCCGGGGUCUACAACCUCUACUACCUCGACCUCGAGGAGAUGCUGCGCAAGAAGUGCGAGCUGCCGUUCAAGCGAGCCGGGAUCGACUGCACCAAGUGGGCAGAGAAGGGCGAGCCGGUGCCCAACGAGGUCAUCCGCGAGCAGAAGAUCGGGUACGUGUCCGUCGCCGAGGUCCAGAUCUUCAACUGCCGGCUGCGCGGCGAGCCCGUGCCCGUCUACGUGAUCCUACAGGCCCUGCUGGAGACCGUGGAGGAGGUGAGCGGGGACAAGGACCGCGGCGGCCGCGCCUACAACGCCAUCCUGCUGCACGGCUUCUCCCAGGCGCUCCAGGACUUCCACUACAUGCGGAACCACUUCGCCGAGUUCCACGUCUUCCCCAAGCUCGCCAUCCUCAUCGAGUGCCCCGUGGACGUGGCCAUGACCCGCUUCAUCAACCGCACCUCCGACAACGAGGACGCGGCUGCCUUUGGCAAGAAGCUGGAAGGCCAGAGGAAGGACCUGGGGGACCUUAUCCCCGUCUUGGAGCCCUCCAGGCUGGUUCGGUCAACCAAUGACGGCUCUAUGGCUUUCGACAAGGCUUUCGAAGAACUGGUCGCUCGCCUCAAUCGGAACGUCUUGUGGAAAAGCAUCGUCGGUGCUAAGGCCCUAGGCGAGACGUCGUCGCCCAGUGCAGUAGAUGCGCAGUCGACCUAAGAGAAUGCUUUUUUGCUAGAUUCUUAUGCUUUUAGAUUGUGAGAAUGUUAGAUCCCAAAUCGUAGACUUUGAAAUACUACCUAACCUACCACUUACAUACCUACUCCUAGGACCAUAUCUAGGAUGGUGGUCCUCAAGGGUUCGGCAAGAAACUCCGGGGGUUGGUUGGCGCGUAGGAG